AUGUGUGACCAUCACGGACAUUGCGAACAUUCGAUUGAGGAGGAAGACUUUUCCAUAUCUUUCAGUCUGUUCAAGUACAUUGACUUGCCGAACCUCCAGUGCCUUAAUGAAUGUUCUCCGGGUUCUGGGAAGUUCGUGUUUAAGCCAUAUGAAGUUAGUUCACCCCCUAGCAUCGUAUGAUAAUAUUUAGGAUAGGAAGACACUCUCUCCUUUCGUCGAAAGUGAUGUUGAUGCGGAACUCCUCUUUAAUAUCCCAUUUACUGGUUCAGUGAAGUUGAAAGGAGUAAUUGUUGCGGGGGAAGACGACGAAUCACACCCGAGUCUAGUACGACUCUAUAAAAAUCGCCCUUUUAUGACAUUCUCCGACGCCGAAGUACAUUUAUUAUCAGCCUUACUUUUGCACUAAUCCAGGGAGAAGCAGACCAAGAAAUUGAGCUACACACAGACAUGCAAGGCGAAAUUAUGUAUCCCUGCAAAGUGACGAAGUUCUCGAACGUUCAUCACUUAAGUAUCCAUAUAGCCAAGAAUUUCGGAGCUGAGCAGACAAAAAUUCAUUACAUUGGACUUCGUGGCGACUUUUCUGAAGCCCAGCGCCAGGGCAUUGUUUUAACGAAUUACGAACUCACACCGAACAUUUCUGAUCAUAAGGCAGACAUUGUCAAUAGCACAAGCCACUUUAUAAAAUAA